AUGUCUGACGAGGAGGAAGUGCUUUCCGGUGAGGAGGAGGAAGAAGUCGAAGAGUCCCUGGCCGAAGAGGUCGAGGAGGAAGAGGCUGCCGCUGAAGAUGCUCCAGCCGAGGAGGAAGAGCCAGAAGCCGCCGAAGAAGAAGCUCCAGUUGAGGAGAAGCCAAAACCACGUCCACCAGUUCAGGAGGAGAAGCCACCAGCAGAGAUGACUGAGGCUGAAGCCGCCAUGCUUGCCGCCAAGAAGCGUCACGAGGAGGAAGAGGCCGCCAAGCUUCUCGAUUACGAGCAACGUCGUGUUCUUGAGAAGGAACGUAUGGAACAGGAACUCCGUGAGCUUAAGGAGAAGCAAGAGAAACGUCGCGCUGAGCGUGAAGAAGACGAACGUCAGUUCGCCGAGAGAAGACGUCAAGACGAGGAGAGACGUCGCAAGGACGAGGAAGAGCGUAAAGCUAAGGCUGAUGCCGAGAAGGCUCGCAAAAACGAGGAGAAGUCUCGCCGUCAACAAAUGAUGGCUGGAUCCUUCGCCGGAGCCGCCGUUGGAGGACCAGGAGGAAAGAACUUCACCGUGUCAUCAAAGGGAGAACAAGCUGCCAGCUUUGGAAACCUCGCUCAGGGAGCCAAGUCCGAAGGACUCUCCAAGGAACAACAGGAUGAGGCAAAGAAGGCCUUCUUGAACGCCGUCUGCAAAGCUCAAGAUGUCUCUGGACUCAUGCCAAACGACUUGAAGGACAGAAUUAAGGGACUCCAUGCCCGCAUCGUCAAACUUGAGGGUGAGAAGUACGAUUUGGAGAAGAGACGUGAGCGUCAAGAGUACGACUUGAAAGAGCUUAACGAGCGUCAACGUCAAGUUGCUCGUAACAAGGCUCUCAAGAAGGGACUUGACCCAGAGGAGGCCGCCUCUUCCGUCCAUCCACCAAAGAUUACCACCGCAUCGAAGUUCGAUCGCCAGAUCGACAGAAGAUCAUACGGAAACCGUCGCGACCUCUUUGAAAAUCCCUUCGUCAAGCCAGCCUACACCAUUGCCCGUGGAAGCGCCCGGCCGCCAGCAGAGUGGGGACGCAAGGAGAACGAGGAGCUUGAGCAGAUCAGAAAGAACCUUGAACCACCAAAGUACGUCGAGCAAGUCAAAGCUGAAGGAGAUGCCGCCAGACCUCCAUGCGCUGCCAUCCCACUUCAGAUUCCAGACAAGGAUUUUGAAGAUGGACCAGCCAAGAAUCCAAAUGAGGGAGCUGAGGUCGUGAUCCCAGACAGUGAAGCCGCUGCCGAGCCAGUCGCCGCCUAA